AUGGGGUUCCUUCCUUUUGCCUUCUGUUUUCUCUUGUUCUUCUUCUGCAGUGUUCAGGCUCAGCAACCUUAUAUUGGCCAGGGGACAAACGAUUGUUCGGUCACAACAAAUUCAGCCCUGGGAUACUCCUGCAAUGGCGUCAACAGGACCUGCCAAAGCUACCUCACCUUCAGAGCUCAACCUCCAUACACAACUGUUGAUUCAAUCUCCACCCUCUUGGGAUCUAACCCAUCUCAGCUGGCGGCAAUCAACUCUGUCCCUCAAACAGCAACAUUUGAUACAAACCAGCUGGUUCUUGUUCCUGUUACUUGCUCGUGUUCAGGUCAGUACUACCAAGCAAACACAUCUUACGUUGUUCAGCCUGGAGAAAGCUUCUUCCUUAUCGCUAAUGAUACUCUACAAGGACUCUCAACUUGCCAAGCUAUUAGAAAUGGGACUAGGGGAACAACAGUCAAUAUAUUUCCCGGUCAAAGACUCAAUGUUCCUCUUAGAUGUGCUUGCCCUACAAGGAACCAAACUGGCCAAGGGAUCAAUUACAUCUUGAGUUAUUCGGUCACUUGGGGGGAUAUGGUUUCAACGGCGAGUUCGAGAUUUGAUGGUGAUACUGGCUGGACUCUUCAGGCCAAUGGACUGACAGAGCAGAGUGCCACAAUCUUCCCAUUCACUACUCUUUUGAUCCCACUGCAAAACCCUCCUUCUAGUAUCCAAACUGUGUCUCCACCACCACCUCCAGCUUCCCCUCCCCCUCCUCCACUGGUCGAGCCAUCUACACCUGGAUCCAGCUCCAGCAAGACGUGGGUUCAUGUCGUUGCUGGUGUUGUUGGAGGGAUCGUUGCUACGUUGGCUGUCGUUGGGACUGUGGUUUACUGUCUUUGGUUUCGGAGAAGGAAGGCUAUGUUGGAGCCAGCUGGUACUACUUCCGAGAGCUUUGAGGCUGUGGAGAAGAAGUCUAUGAAGAAUAAGGGAGAGGAAGAGCCUGAAGGUUUCUUCUUGGAGAGGUUAUCUAGUAUUGCUCAGUCCAUUCAAGUUUACACAUAUGAGGAGGUGGUGGCUGCCACUGAUAAUUUCAGCCCCAAAUGUUUGAUCAACGGUUCUGUUUAUCAAGGCAAGAUUAAUGGUGAUCUUGCUGCUAUAAAAAAAAUGGAUGGGGAUGUGACCAAGGAGAUAAAUUUACUCAACAAGAUCAACCAUUCCAAUAUCAUUCGUCUAUCUGGUGUCUGUUUUAAUGAUGGCAAUUGGUAUCUGGUUUAUGAGUUUGCUGCGAAUGGAGCUUUGAGUGAUUGGAUCUAUUCAUCCAGCAACGGUGGAAAGAUAUUGACUUGGACUCAAAGAAUCCAGAUUGCUGUGGAUGUAGCUUUGGGACUCGACUAUUUACACAGUUUCACGAGUCCUCCACAGGUUCACAAGGAUAUAAAAGCCGGGAAUGUGCUUCUCGAUGGCGAUUUCAGGGGCAAGAUAGCAAACUUGGCACAUGCAAGAUCAGCCGAAGGACAGGAUGGGGACUUUAACCUUACAAAGCACAUUUUCGGGACGAAAGGUUACAUGGCUCCCGAGUAUUUGGAGAAUGGUCUGGUUUCUACAAAGAUUGAUGUUUUUGCAUUUGGAGUUCUUCUUCUGGAGAUGAUAACUGGGAAAGAAGUUGCUUCCUUGUAUAAGGAGGGAAUUGAUGGUUUGUCUGGUGUUGUGAAUGAAGUUCUUCUUUCUCAAGAUGGACGAGAUAAUAUCACUGGAUUUCUUGACCCAUCAAUGGAAGGGAACUUUCCAUUAGAGUUUGCUGGCUUUGUAGUGAGGCUGGUUGAAGGCUGUCUGAAAAAGAACUCUCGGGAGCGUCCAGCUAUGAGCGAGCUCGCGCAAUCUCUUUCAAGAAUCUUGACGGCUUCACAUUCGUGGGAGUUGUCUAACAACAUCUCAGAGUAUAGGAAUCUCAAAGAUGAAACUUGA